GCUGCGUCCGGCCUCGCUCCGCGCCGCUGGAUUAUGCAUUUAAAGGCUUACGGUGGCUCCGCGGCAUCUUCUGUCGCUGUGACCUGCGCUUGCCUUGGCAGUCGUGAGGUGGAUGAUCGAGAAGACGAAAAAUGGACCCAGUGGCCUUUGAAGACGUGGCUGUGAACUUCACCCUGGAGGAGUGGGCUUUACUGGAUUUCUCACAGAAGAAACUCUACAGAGAUGUGAUGGGGGAAACCUUCAGGAACCUGGCCUCAUUAGGGGAAACAUGGAAAGAUCAUGUCAUUGAAGACCAGUACAAACACCAGGGGAGAAAACUAAGAAGUUGUAAGGUUGGGAGAAUCUGUGAAGAGAAAGAAGAUAGUCCAUAUGAAGAAAACUUGAGCCUUAUUCCAAACCUCAGUCUGAAGAAGAAAACUCUUAUCAGAGUGAGACAAUGGGAACACAAAGUGAGUGGAAAAGUCUUCAUGGAUCAUCCAUCCCAUAAUGGGUACACCAGGAGUCGCACUGGACGCAAGCCAUAUGGGUAUCAGAAAUACGGAGAGAAGCCAUAUAAAUGCACGGUAUGUGGGAAGGGCUUUAGUUAUCUGCAGUGUUUUGAAAAACAUGAAAGAAAUCACAAAGGAGAGAAAAUCUAUAAAUGUAACGAGUGUGGGAAAGCCUUCAUGUGGCUCAAAACUUUUCGAAGACACAUGGUAACACAUACUGGAGCUGCCUCUUGUAAGUGUAAGGAUUGUGGAAAAACCUUCAGUUCUUCAACUUCACUUCAGGUACACGGAAGAGCCCACACUGGAGAGAAGCCCUAUAAAUGUAAACACUGUGGAAAACCCUAUGGACAUCUCCAGACUUUCCAGACUCAUGAGAGGACUCACACAGGAGAGAAGUCCUGUGAGUGUAAAAAAUGUGAUAAAGCCUUCAGUUGUCCCAGUUCUCUUCGAAUACAUGAAAGAACUCACACUGGAAAGAAACCUUAUGAGUGUAAACAAUGUGGUAAAACCUUCAGAUACUAUCCGUCCUUCCAGACACACGAAAGAGUUCAUACCGGGGAGAAACCCUAUGAGUGUAAGCCAUGUGGUAAAACUUUCAGUUCUAACAUAGGUUUCCAAAUACAUGAAAGAAAUCACGCUGGAGAAAAACCCUAUGAAUGCAGAAAAUGUAGUAAAGCCUUCAGUUGUCCCAGUUCUUUUCGAAAACAUGAAAGAACUCACACUGGGGAAAAACCGUAUGAAUGUAAGGAGUGUGGGAAAGCCCUUAGAGCUCUCGCGAGCCUCCGAGCGCACACGAUCACCCACACUGGCAUUGGACCUUAUAAAUGUAAGCAGUGUGAGAAAGCAUUUAUCUCUCCCAGCUCAUUUCAAAUACAUCAAAGGAGUCACACUGGAGAGAAACCGUAUGAGUGUCAGGAGUGUGGAAGGGCUUGUAGUUGUUCAGCUUUGCUUCGAAUACAUGAAAGAACACACACUGGAGAGAAACUCUAUGAAUGUAAACAGUGUGGAAAAGCCUUCAGAUGUUAUCAGAGUUUUCGGAGACAUGAGAGGAAUCACACUGGAGAAAAACCCUUUGAAUGUAAAAAAUGUAGUAAAGCCUUCAGGUGUCUGAGUUACCUUCGAACACAUGAAAGAACUCACACUAGAGAAAAGCCCUAUGAGUGUAAACAAUGUGGUAAAGCCUACAGAGGUUACAGUUCCUUGCAGACACAUGAGAGGACUCACACAGGAGAGAAACCCUAUGCGUGCCAGCAAUGCGGAAAAGCUUUCAGGUGGUAUCAGAGUUUUCGAAGACAUGAAAGAACUCACACUGGAGAGAAGCCCUAUGAAUGUAAAGAAUGUGGGAAAGCCUUCAAUCAUCCCACUUCCUUCCGAAGGCAUGAAAGGACUCGCAGGAUAAAAUCAUUUGAAUGUAAACAGCGUGGGAAAGACUUUAGUUGACCUUCAUCCUUACAUGUUAACACUCCCACCAGAAAUAAAUAUAAAUGUAAGAUGAGAAAGCUUGAUGAAAAUUAAUCCAUGUGCAAUAUUCUGGAAAA